AUGUCCUCAGUCAGUGAUAAUAACAUGGGUCCUGUUCAUGAUUGUACACCUCAAAUUGAUGAAAUUGUCUCUCAGCCUCAUAUAAAGCACGCAGCCAUUCAUUCUCUUCAUCAGAAACAUCAUGAGAGUACUGUCCAUCAUUUCCAUGAUGCUCACCUCCACGAACACAUUGCCAAUUGGAAGGUUUUAAAGUAUGCCGAAGAAAUUGUAGAGUACGGUACUAAUUAUUUUAUUAAGGUUAAUAUUGGAGGAGAUUUGUGCAUUCAUAUUAGAGUGCAUCGUCAAAGACAUGCUCCAAUUUAUGACUUUUAUAGUAUUCAUGAAACUAUUAAGCAUAAUGAGGCUUCUUGUAUUUGGUCUAAUUCUGAACCAUUAGUGUAUUUUAAUUAUUAAACAAUUGUUCAUUUUCUAGUUGAGUUGUGAC